CCCUGUUCUGCUGCCAAAUGGCCGCGAUCUCUUCCAAAUCUUGAGGAGUUGCUGUCUUCGGGUUCCUCAACGCCGAAGGUUCUGCCUGACUUUGACUUUCAUUGGUCAUGACCCUUGGAUGGUGCAGAUGUCUGGCGACGCUGUGGUCCGAGCUGCGCAGCCAUGCCCCAUUCCGCGAACCUGUCAAAGGCAGCUUGUUCGAGGAGGUGGAAGUAUUGCUGUUCAUCAUUCCAGCAAGGUUUGGAACUCCCUGCGCCAAAGUACCCGUGGACCUUGUCCUCCAGGACUCCGCUGCCUUGUCCUUUGUCUCCUUCUCGACCUUUGGCUGGAAGGUCAGCGUCCCCAUGUCGCAGUCUCAUUGGCGCCAACGUCAGUGGCGCUCACCUUCAAGGACCACUGGACGUUCUUUUCUUGGCUGUCAUCCUGGCUGGAGGAUCCAUCCAUUUUGUGAACGAUCACGACCCGAUCAUUCACAAACACAGUCCAACUCUUGGCCCUCGAUAUGGCCCUUGCGCAUCGAUCGAGCAUAUUUCCUGAAGGCCUCCUGUGGCUGUGCCUUGAGCAUGGUGAAGACCUGGGAGGCCAGGACAAGCUCUGCACCUGGAUCUUCUCACCUGGGCGAGCGCGGUGAGCCAAGGUUCAAGGAUCUUCAGCAAGGCUUUGCGAUAGCCAUAUAAUACACUCGCACAUGCAUUGACCCUUUUGAACCAUACAAUAUAUAGAUAUAUAAGUAUACCAACUUCUAAACAGAGUCGAAUGAC